AUGUCCUAUUCACAAACCUCUGAUGAUCAUACUACCAGCUACAAAGGUAGUUGGUUGAAAGAGGCUUUGAAGGUGCAUCCUGAUUGUCAAACCUUCCGUCAACUCUGUACGGUGAUUGAAAUUCGUCGGUCCAUAGCUUCAAAUAUCCCUGAUACAGAGGAGCAGGCCGAUGCGGGUGACUGUGUUGGUCAAGUGACUAACGAGGAGCGUGCUCUCAAACUACGCCUCAGCCUAGAAGACAUGAAUUCUAUCAUCAAUUUUAUCCACACCCACCGAUUCUUAGAUAUCGGGUGCUGUCCCGGCGGUUACUCAACUCUUGUUAUGAACCUGUUCGCCAAUGCUACUGGGAUGGGCAUAUCCCUCCCAGAAUCGGACGGUGGACACGGGUUGGCAAUACCCGAAGCUCUGCUCCCCCGACUCAAUUUGCAGCUUGACGAUCUCACAAUGUUUGAUCUUACACCGGAUUGGUCCGACAAGCCACCACUAUGA